AUGAUAUCCAGACAAAUGGACCUGGAAAAAUGUGAACAUUGCCCAGAGGAUCAAUUUCCAAAUGAAGCUCAUGAUGAGUGCAUUUCAAAGACCUUGAAUUUUCUCUCCUUUGAAGAGCCACUGAGCAUUACUCUGCUUUCCCUGGCUCUUCUCUUUUCCUUCUCCACAGGUCUUGUGCUUGCAAUCUUCAUUAAGCAACAGGACACUCUCCUUGUCAAAGCCAACAAUCGCAACCUCACCUACCUUCUACUUGUCUCCCUCUUCCUUUGUUUCCUCUGCUCACUUCAGUUCAUUGGACACCCCAAUAAGGUGACCUGCCUCCUCCGACAAACAACAUUUGGCAUCAUCUUCUCUACUGCAAUCUCUUCUAUAUUGGCCAAAACCAUCACAGUCAUUGUAGCAUUCCUAGCCUCAAAGCCAGGAAGCCUGUUCCACAAAUGGGUGGGGCAAAAGUUGGCCUAUUCCAUUAUCUGGUUCUGCUCCUUCAUUCAACUAAGUAUUUCUAUUGUUUGGCUGAGUACAUCUCCCCCGUUUCCAGAUUUGGACAUGGAGAUCCUCCAAGGAGAAAUCAUAGUCGAAUGUCAUGAAGGUUCAUUCACUAUGUUUUACUGUGUCUUGGGCUACAUGGGCCUUUUGGCUCUUCUCAGCUUCACUGUGGCCUUUCUGGCCAGGAAGUUACCAGAUAGUUUCAACGAAGCCAAGUUCAUUACUUUCAGAAUGUUGGUGUUCUGUAGUGUUUGGCUGACCUUUGUCCCCACCUACCUGAGCACCAAAGGGAAGUACAUGGUAGCUGUGGAGAUCUUUUCUAUCUUGUCUUCCAGUGCUGGUUUACUAGGAUGCAUCUUCAUCCCCAAAAACCAAAUAAUUAUACUGAGGCCUGAACUCAACACUAGAGAACAUUUAGUCCAUAAGAAAUAG